CAAUUUUUAACAAAAAAGAGAGAAAGUAAGGCUUUAAAUUCGUGAAUAUUUGAGGCUUUUGCUGGACACAUUUCUGGAAGUGAAACUUCCUGGUCUCUACUAUAUGCUACGAUGGCUACGUCCUUAGCAGUUAAGGAUGAUUUAGAGCCGCAAAACCAAGAAAAUGGCUUAAAAGAAAACUCUACAGUCUCGCCUGCACCUUCGGUCAGCUCUUCAUCGAAGAAGAAGAAAAAAAACAAGAAGAAGAAGAAAACAGUGACUACCGAAGCCAACGGUGAACACCAAGAAAAUAAAGUCUUAGAAGAUGAAAAAGAUUCUUUAAUUUCAGAAUUACAGUUAAAGAACAAGGACUUCUCUGAGGAAAUUGAAGCUCUAAGGAAAACGCUUGCAGAAACGAAAUUAAAUAAUGUAGAUGCUGAUGAAUCGAAAGGUCUCUUGUCAAAAGAAAUGGAGAGUUUGAGAAAAGAAAUUAAAUACUUGAAAGAAACUAAUGAUGCUAAAUCGGAGGAAACUUCUAGGAUUCAAGAAGAGAACCAAAACUUACAGGAGAUGUUACGAAAUGUAGGAAAUGAAUUAGUCGAUUCUCGUGACGAAGUUAAAGAAUUAAUACAAAAAAUACAAGUUUUGGAUAGAAAGGAUGAGACUCUUGUACAACUUUCGGAAGUUAAAAGCAAUGAGAUUACACCGAAAGUACUUUUGAGUGCAGGUGAAUCAAAAGCAGAACACUUAAAUGGUCUCUCGAAAGAGGUUAUUGACAAGGAAUAUGCAAGGAAUGUUUUGAUUCAAUUUUUAGAGAAUCAAGAACACCGUGACCAGAUACUUCCUAUCUUAGCAAUUGCUUUGGAUUUAGAUGAUAUUCAUCAGCAGAUUCUUUUGAAAAGUGUCAAUUAAUGAUGCUGAAUUGGAUCCAUAGUAAUUCUAUCUUUACUUCGCUGCUUUGGUUUUUCCUUAGAUUAAUUUCAUUCAUAAUAUUUCCUUCUAAACUGAGUUUUGAUCAGGUUAGAAAUUAUAUAUAUUAAUUCACUAUACAUCAUACAAAAACUUAACAAAAAAAGCAAGAUUAUGG